GUCUUCUCCUUCUACUCUGCCGAUGCCGGGAUCUGCCUCAGGUAUUUCUCACCCUGUUGAGAAGAAGACGCAUUGGACGAGAGACGCCAGCAAGGGUCCUGCCAGCCUCCUGGGAACCUGAGGGCUCCUGCAGAGAGCCAGAGACACGAGCAUCCAGGAGGGCAACCGUCCCGGGCGAAUUAUGCAGUGAGGAGCAGCCGAGCUGGCAUCGUAGCUGCUUUGUUUUGGUGCUUUCUUCCUGACUGCAGCGUGGUGUGUUUUGAGAGGACUUUGGUCGUGCAGCACCAUGGGAGCCUUCGGUGACAAGGCGUCCUCGCCGUGGACGCUGCUCGUCCUGCUGCUGUGCAUCGUCAACUGCGCUCUCUGCCAGGAAGACUAUUCCGGAAACCACUCGGGUGAGGAUCACACCUUUGAAGGCUCCAUCCUGGACCCCUAUGACCACUUGAGGCCCCCGCAGCCAGAGUCUUCCCAUGGUUACGACGAGGACCAGAAUCCAGAGGAGGAUGACUACGACCCCUACGGGCCCGCCCCCACCCAGGUCACCAUGAUCACAGAGGACGCCUUCCCCUACGUUACCACCACGGAGUCGCAUUACGCCAAGGAGGACAAGCUGGGUAGGAGGAAGGUCCCAUUCAGGCCCCAACGACCAGACGACUCAGAAGAGGAGUUCGAUGGCAACGCGGGCCUCGGCGAGGAGGGUCCCACCGAGUGCGACUGUGAGCCGGGAGAACCAGGAUUUGCCGGCUUUGCUGGACCCAAGGGCUUGCGGGGCCACCAGGGUAAAAUGGGAGCGCCAGGACACCAAGGCAGAGAGGGUUAUCAAGGAUCAAAAGGAGUACAUGGCCGAAGAGGAGAUGCUGGUCCAGUGGGUGAUCCCGGACCCGAAGGCGAAGAUGGAGGUUCAGGUUUUAUUGGCGGCAUGGGAGAACCAGGACUUAUAGGUGGCCGGGGUGAGCGUGGCGGGUCGGGUCUGAAGGGUGAUGCCGGCAUGGAAGGACCGCGAGGAGGAGUUGGAGGGCCUGGUAACUUAGGUUCUCGUGGUGAUCCUGGCACCCCGGGAUCAAGGGGAGGUAAUGGUCCCAAGGGUUCCGUGGGUGAAGAGGGCAAAGUAGGAGUUCAAGGACAAGAUGGAAGCAAGGGUCAGACUGGAGCGCCCGGGUUCCCAGGAGACAUUGGCGACAGAGGAUACAAUGGUUAUUUUGGCCAGAGUGGUGGCCGCGGACCCACUGGAACAAAGGGUACCCAAGGUCUUGGUGGCAUUCCAGGCAGCGAUGGUGAUCCUGGAGAAGAUGGUCCCAUAGGUGUCCCGGGUCUGAUGGGAGAGCCAGGUUUCUUCGGGGCUAAGGGAAGCAAAGGCGAGCCCGGCGUUCGAGGACCUCGAGGCAGAGUGGGCUCUCUGGGUCCCGCAGGUGAGCAAGGAGAUGCUGGGAUACCUGGCAAACCAGGACCAACGGGUCUCCAGGGACCCAUCGGGCCCAAAGGCGAGACCGGACCAGACGGGGACACGGGUGCGAAGGGUAGGGUAGGGAUCAAGGGACAAAAAGGACAAAAGGGGUCAUUUGGUGACCGUGGGGACAAAGGAGAGCGUGGUCCAAAAGGUGCAGUUGGUCGACUCGGCAAUGCCGGCCCCGUGGGUCCUCCUGGCGUCCCGGGGACCCGAGGAGCCCGCGGCCCCAUUGGAGAUUCGGGCGUCAAAGGCCAAGCCGGACCCAAAGGCGUGCAAGGUUCCAUUGGUCCCGGGUUGUCAGAUGAGCAGGUGCUGCAGCUGUGCCGCGGCGUGGUUACAGCUCAGAUCUCGCAGUACGCCGCCUCCAUUCGGGCCAAGUGCACGCAAGGCUGCCCCAUCAACAACCGUGCGCUCAUCGGACCCCCUGGAACCAAAGGACCCCCGGGAUCAGCCGGCAAAACUGGCAGAGCGGGUAAAGCUGGAUCUAAGGGAGGCCGUGGUGCUCAGGGAGACCGAGGCCUAGAGGGAGAGAAAGGAUCACAGGGAGAACGAGGCAAAAAGGGUCCUAAAGGAAUUGGAGGUGGUCCAGGAAAAGGCUUCCAGGGACUUGAUGGACCACAAGGGGUCCCUGGUUUUCCGGGUGAGCCUGGCGUUGCCAAAAAUGGCAUGGAAGGUCCACGCGGUGCCCGCGGGUUCCCGGGUCGGAUGGGUAUCACCGGGAUGAUGGGAAUCGCCGGCGUUCCGGGUUUCUGCGAGGCUCGAGACUGCAGCAUCCACGCGCCGGUGAUGCGCAAAGAGCAGGGUCUGGUUAAGGGACCGACCGCGCAGCUCCUCAACUAAAGAUUAACAAGAUCGGAAAGUCUAUUCGUCAUCAUCAUUUUUGCAUUAUUUAAGCUUCGAGCUGAUGAGAACAUCAGUGGGCAAAGUACAGACCUGAGGGGCACUCCGCUCCGGAACACUGCUUUGUAUCCAUUUUCUAGGUUGGGUAAAAAGUAUUUCAAUUUUUCAUUGUCCCAUUUUUUUUAUUCCUGAUGUUUAAAAUGCAAAUGAGCAUUGGGUGCCAUUGGGAAGCAUUCACAAGGCUUCGCUUUAUCCUCAUUUUAUCUUCCAGCCUCAACCCAUCAAAAUUCCUUUCGCAUUUAGCACAAACUUUUGUGCUUCCAUCAGAUUGGGGCUGGAACAUAAAAUGUGGAAACAGUGGAAGCGCUGUGAAUCUUUCCUUGAUGCACGGUAAAAAAAUAAAGGAUGACGUGUAAAUAUGAUGUAAAGUAUCUCAAGUACAUGUACGGUGCUCUGAAGUGUUUCAGUUAAACUGCCUGAUGUUUUGCUUUAUCCUUGCCUCUUUGCUUCGCUUCCUCUUGGUUAUCACAGGACCUCAUACAUGUUUUUUCCCCACACAAAUUCCAAGGAAACACGGUGAGCUCGCAUCAAAGGAAUAAAGUGUUUUGAAAACUGUUCAACUAUUCUAUUAAAUGUGAAAUUUAUGAAUAAUUCCGUGAGUUUUGUGAACUGUUUU